CGAACAAAACAAUCCAGCUCUCUGUUCCGAGCCGUAACGACCGAGCCCACACAGCUCUUCUUCUUCUGCGCCUGGUUGGCCUGGCUGGGAUGAAGUGGAGCACCCUGUGCCAGCUCUUUUCUCCAGACGUCUCCUCUGAGGACCCACCAGAUCCCUGAGCUGAAACUCAUUAAGAUCUCGUCUCUGAGACGCCGCCGCUCUGCUGCGUGAUGUACGGUCAUUCUCAGUAUCUCCCCUUCCAACACCAGACGGACAACAAUGUAGAGUGGUGGUCAAACAGGGAAAUGGAGUUCACCAAGUUAAACACUGCAGAUGGAGACUGGCACAUGGUGACAGCCCCUCGUACAGUGCUCCAGUGUAAGAGUGCGGGGAAAAGGGAGGGUCAGCAGGAUCAGGACGGGGAGUUCUACACCAGCCUGCCAAGAGCACACUUUCUGCGUCCUGGCUAUUUCUGCACUGCAUCAGAGCCCAGUGCGUUCUCCCCCUACAGCCAUGACCUUCACUGCAAGGGUAAAGGGUUGCAGGACCGGAGCCCCAGAGACAGAGAGAGUUAUGGGUGUAUCCCUCCGUCCUCUAGACCACACCCCCUGGCACAGCCCGGCUUCUACAGUCCCAAAAUCCCCCGAUCUAAACACUGUGAACCUGCUUCAUCCCCAACAAACACAACCCCAAAUAAAAACACGAAGGAGUUCAAUUCCUACACUCUGCCUCUUCCGCACACCAGGACUGCUGUUCUCAGUAAGAGUGAUCUCAGCUGCAAACCACAAGGAUUCAAGACUUCACGGGUGGAAAAGCCUCGGUUGAUGCGAGCGACCGUUUCUCAAAUAUCACCAGAUUUAAACCACCUGCCUCAACAGCAGCAACAGCUUCAGCAUAACAGGGAACAGAACAUCCAGAACCAGUACCUCCCCAGUCAGCACCAGCCCCAGACUGCACUGAACAUUCCCAGUACUGAUGAUUCCAGGAAAGAGGAAUCUCCCUGGAAUUACUAUGGUCAACCCCAAUCCAAUUUCAACCAAUUUCACCCCACGCCAAUCAGAAGAUCCCUCAGGGUGCCAAAGCAUGCUCAGGAAUCCUACGAUGACAUCAACCACAGCUACAGGUUUCCACGAAGAGCCUCUUCAAUAAGCGAGUCUAACAUCCACCUGAGAUUACAGUCGUCGAGUUUCUGUAAGCUAAGCGUGUUCAAUGGCAAAAGCUCCCAUAAUACUGAGGAAAGCGAAGCCUAUCUCCAGUCCAGUCCACCACACGCCAACUUUAAAGGAAGAAAUGGUUCCAGUGAUGUUGGAAACAACUUGUCCAGCAGUAUGAGUCAGAUGGACAAGAGCUCGAAAAAUGUGUUUGGUCAGCCCCGUAUGACGGCCACACUUCGACCGACAUGCUCCCCACGGCCCGUUCGCAAGACCACGAUAGUGGAGGACCUGAAGAAACUCAUUGUGAUGGAUGAUAUAUUGGAUAAAUCUCAGCGUGACUCGCCCUCACUACAGCAGACACCAACAAGCAGCACUUUCAGUGAGCUGAUGCAGGACUCCUCUUCACCAAGCCCUGUCCUCAGCAGACGCCCUCUCUCCAGGCCCAGCCACCUCUCUCUGCAGUCUAGUCCCACAGCAUGUCACCCAAUGUCCACAGAGUCUCCAGUAUGGGACAGAGACCUUGAGUUUGACCAUGGACUCCUGCCUCUGCCGAAUACAGCUCCAGAUAUUGAUUGGGACAGUUUAGUCAGUACCGCUGAGGCCUACGAGAUGCAGAAGAGGACUAACAUCCUGUCUGUUGGGUCCCACAACAUGCUCUCGGGAACAAGUACAGCACCGCACAGUCCAGCUUACAGCGGCCAUGUUAGUCCCUCUGUCAGCGGAAACACAGACAGUGAUGUUUUUACCGGCCUUCCGGACCAACUCUCUCACCUGGAAGUGCUGCUGAGGAGGUUGAGCAGAGAUCUUCUGAAGGAGAAGAAGGACAAGGUGGCUUUGCUGGCGGAGGUCCUGAAGCUUCGCAUGAGCAACCAGCACCUGAAAGAAGAGUCGGUGUCUGCUAACGCACAGCUCUACAAAAUCUGCAGAGCAUUCAACAUAAGUGCAUACGGAGCAGAGGACGAAGGAAAAUAGAGGCAGAUGUGUGAGAUAUGAAAAAACAUUUAUUUUCCAUCCUUAUAUGUGAUUCCAUAUGUAAAAUCAACAUCCAAAUGACUUGAAAUUAAGUUUAAAUAAAGUAAAAAAAAAAACACACACACAAUACCCAAACUGAAAAUCAUCCAUCUCACAGCUCAGUCAGUUAACUCUGUUGCUACACGUAUCAAAGCCAUAAUAAAAAUAACAAUAAUAACAUCCUCAAACCAUAAAAUAGAAACAAGUUUCUGCUAUAAAUGUUUAAAACAUACUCUGUAUUAAAAUACAAUAAAUAUGCUGUAUAUAAAUAUGCAAUAAAUAAAGCUUACAAAAUGUUUUACUGUUAUUAAUAAAUAUUCAGUGCUUUUGUUCUGAUAAGCAGAAAAUAAUUAGCCAAAUAAUAACUUACAAAAACUUUUUUUUUUUUUUUUUU